AUGCAUGAAAUACAUUCUAUUCCUAAAUAUAUAUUUUCAUUACGUAAUGAUCAUCAUGAUCUUAUACGUCAAUUACUCUAUAUGAAUUGUUCAUUUCUGAAUGUAUAUUCUCCCUUAUUUAUUUGUUCAAAUGAAAUUUUUUAUCAUGCUGAAUUCAAUAUAGAUAUAUCAUUAGUUCCAUUUCAAUCUCAAUUAAAUAAAUGUGCAAUAAUAAUUAAAUAUAAUCAUAUAUCAGUAUUUGCAGAAAGAAUAAAUCAAUCAGCAUUUGUUACUUCGCAUGUUAUUAAUAAUAACAAUAAUCAAGAAUUCAUUGUAUUCCAACAACAAUCAAGUCUAACAAUUGAUGUGAGAGCAAGAUUACAUUAUUUAUUUGAAAGAAUUUAA